AAUAUACUUUCGUUUUUCCUAACCUCCACACUUGAACCAAGACAGACCGCUUGUCAACAUCCACUCACAGUUCUCCUUAAAUUGAACACAGCAACCAACCAGCUCACAACCCAAAACUUUUACUUUGAAGGCGAGAUGUCUCUGGUUUGAAUGGUGAUCAUGGAUAAGCUAGAACUUCUAUCUUCUAUCUUCUCUGUAUGCAAAACCAUCUAUGGAAUGGCUGAAAAUAUUAAGACCAACAAGGAGCGCUGUCAACGAGUCGCCAAAAGAGUAAAAUCCCUGGAAGAAAUGGUUCUGUCAAUCAAACAAAGGGGACCGGGCCAAAUGUCUUCCGCUGUGGUCAAGGCUCUGAAUGACCUCUGGAUCAGUCUGAUUUCCACCAAAGAGCUGAUAAUGAAAUACUCCCAAACUAAGGCUUUCAUGAGCUUCUUGAAGUCCAACAGGCAUGAAGAACAGUUCAACAAGAUGAAUGAAAGUCUCACUGAUAACUUCCAGGUCCUGUCGGGGGUUCUGCAGGUCGAACAUGGGAACAUGCUGUGCAAAGUCUAUGACUCUGUUUCAAGCAUGCAACACAAUGAAGAGCUACCUCUGACUAGCCCCACAUGCCUGAUGCCUUGCCCCAUGCCUACAGCACCCAUGCCUCUUACCAUGCCUCUAGCUCACCCCACACCAAUUAUGCAUCUCCCAAUGCCAGUGCUUCAACCCACAACUCCAACACAUAACUUUGCGGGCCCCAGGCCAGGGUUCAUUACCACAGCUCCCAUGCCUAGGCAAUGCAUCACGCCCUGCAUGCAAAUAUAUAGCCCCAAGAACCCCAUGUCUUUUAGUGGAACCAUGGCCCCUAUCCCUCUCUCCCCCACUUUUAUCCCCCAGUGUGGCCCUGCUGCAAUGUUCUCCUUCAAUGGCUCCAUGGCCCCAAUGCCUCUCAUCAGACCAUUUGCCAUCAUGACAGUUUCACCCCAAAUACAUCCAAUGUAACAUGUUUAGUAAAAUCCUUUUUGCUUUAAAACAAGAGAAGCAUGUUCUGUGACGUAUAGGUAGAAAGGGGGAAAAUACGCAGGAAAAUUAGACAAAUCUAUGAAAUGUGACAUACUGUAGGUAGUUGUUCAAAGAGUGGAUUAGGUGAACACCUACAUGCUGUGUGUAUGGCCACUGUUUUAGAAAAAGGAUCUGACAAGCACAUGGGGUUGGGGUUAUGUUUGAAAAUAACUAUUUCAAACUACUUGGUAAAGCUUUGUGUAGAAAAGCCAGGAGUGUAGGGUUCCUUCCAAAAAUGCUGCAGAUAAAUACUGAAAAUGUAUUCUAACGAAUGUUUGCCAAGAUCAAUGUUGCACUAGAUUACAGUGAGAGUACAUUGAGAAAGGUUUGAAAGAUGUUGUGUUUUUAAACCCCAGAGUCUUGAUAAGUCUCGAUCACAAUAAUAAAGAUGCUGCUGGAAUUUUU